CAGGGACGUAUUGAAACUUCGCGGGGACCUACAGUAAGUGCAUAAGAAGAAGGAGAAGCCCUGUGAGCCCUGUGUUUUUUUUCGAUUCGGACGAUGUGCUCGGAUCCAGCCCCCAUGCGAAGAUCGGUGAACCGGUAGAGCGCAAUAACGUUUUUCAGCGAUCUAGAGGGCCCGCAUGCCCGCUCACCAGUAAAGGUUUGCUAGACAAAAAGGAGGUUCAGGUUGGACGGAUUUGAAGGGAGUUGGCUAACAAAUUAGGCAAAAAUUGAUGGGGUGACGCGCGUCCUGUCCUCCAAGUAGUACGCGUCGUUAAGCUUCACCCAAACCACCACAAGUACAACAUGGAAACGUCGUUUGCAUUAACUGGCAAGGGCUACGUGAUCGUAGCCGCUGACACUACUGCUGCUCGAUCCAUUGUCAAGAUGCAGAUUGACCAAGACAAAAUCAAGGAGCUCAGUCCUCAUCUUCUCAUGGCGUACUCGGGUGAACCAGGCGAUACCGUCCAGUUUGCUGAAUUCGUCGAGCGCAACAUUCGUCUGUACCAAAUCCGUAAUCUGUAUCCUCUUCGCCCAGCCGCGGCCGCAUCCUGGAUCCGCCGUUCACUAGCAGAAUCUCUGAGAUCACGAAACCCGUACUCAGUCAACUUGCUACUAGGCGGAUAUGACACGUCCUCGCACACACCGAACUUGUAUUGGAUUGAUUACCUGGGAACAGUAGUGGAAGUGCCAUUUGCUGCGCAUGGGUAUGGUGCUUACUUCGCUCUGAGUUUGCUUGACCGGUACGUUAUUGUUCUUUACCGUGAUUCUGCAUUUCAGUUCUAUCGGCUCCUUCUUUCUUGCUGUUUUGAUAUAUGCUGACCGUUCUUGCUCAGUUAUCACGAUCCGGAAGCAUCC